UAAUGACAACCCUUUCAGCUUCAGCGGUCAGCGGUUUCGUUUUGUGAUUGACAUUUGUUGUGUAAAAUAAAUGUGAAUUGGAAAAUUGAAAAUGUCGCUCCGAAAAGUACUUUUCCUAACAAAAGCAGUGUGUUGUAAUACAGUGAAGCUACAAAAGACUAGUUUCCCUCGGCAUAAUUUGUGUUUCGUUAGCGCUAAUUCCCUCAGAUUUUACGGCACCGAAAAUAUAGGUGAUAAAAACAAACAAUCAACACCUGAGAAGGUGGACAUUCUAGGACGGUUCUUCCCACAGAACCCAGUAGUGGAUGAGGCACAAAAAAUAAAAAAUGAACAAGAAAACUUUGAAAAGGAAAACAAGGAGAAAACGGAAGAGAAUGAGAAGAGCUGGCGCAGGAUGAAGAUUGGAUUUGCAGUAUUCGGUGGCGCCCUAACAGUAAUGGGUGGCUGCAUGGUGGUGGAGAUGGGGGCGCCGCGGCACGCUGAAGACGGCACGCUGCUCGAUGACGAGUUCUCGCACUUACCCGUACCUCUGCAGUACUUGAAGAGGACGUGGAAGGAGCUCACAUUCUAUGAGAAGAUGAUCAAAGAGCCGUCCCGAGAGAAACUGCUUCCGGAUCCGCUGCCACCGCAGUACCAGCCCACGUACACCCUCGUGCUGGAGUUCACAGACGUGCUGGUCCAUCCUGAUUGGUCCUACCAGACCGGCUGGAGGUUUAAAAAGCGUCCAGGCGUAGACCAGUUCCUUCAAACCGUGGCAGCAUCUGACUUCGAAGUGAUCAUCUUCACAUCCGAGAACGCGUUCAUGAUCUGGCCAGUGAUCGACAAACUAGACCCUGAGAAUAAGAUGAUCGCGUACAGGCUGUUCAGAGAUUCCACGCACUUUAUAGAUGGAGUUCAUGUUAAGAACCUGGAGGGUCUCAACCGGGAUUUGUCAAAGGUAAUCGUAGUAGACUGGAACAAACAAGCGACCAAGUUCCACCCGGAGAACGCGUUAAUCUUGCAAAAGUGGAAGGGCGCGGAUGACGACACUGCCUUACUCGACCUGGCCAACCUGCUGCAAACGAUCGCGAUGUCAUCAAUAUUGGACGUGCGCGACGUGCUGCGCUACUACAGCCAGUUCGACGACCCCAUCGCCGCCUUCCGCGACAACCAGCGCAAGCUCAUGGAGCAGAUGGAAGAGAGAGACAAACAACCGCCGGAGCCCACGCUCACCAAAAACUGGCUGCGGUCGUUCACGCGUCGCUAACUACUGAGGUCAAUACCCUUUCUAUACCACUACCAUGGACACGGUCACUGAUCAUUUGUAAACUUUAUUGCAACGAGAUAAGGACUAACAUUAGUCAGAAGUGUGUUCGACAGACAAGCCAUUGGUUUAAUUAGAAACAGAAUUGUAAACAAGGUCCAGCGUCGCUAGUGCUAUACAGUAGGGUGCUAUACAGUAGGUAAACUCGCGGGAGCCAACAUCUUCCGCGACGACCAGAGCAAGCUCAUGUUACAGAUGGAAGAGAGAGACAAACAACCGCCAGAGGCCACACUCACCAAAAACUGGCUGUGGUAGUUCCCGCGUCGCUAACUACUAGUCAUACCCUUUCGAUACCACUACCCUGGACACAGUUUAAAGCGAAAACCAUAGGUGGGAACGAAAGGCCCGAUCGCUGUGUCUCGCUCCAACCUAUGGUUGUCGCCUUAGCCGAAGCCAGUCGCGCAAUGUCGUGGCCAAGACGUGAUACUACAUCGUCGACACAGUUUACUGUAGGGCUUAUUGCAACGACAUAAGGUCUACCAAUGGUCAGAAGUGUGUACCACAAACAAGUUAUUGGUUUUUAGAAACGAAAUUAUUGUAAACGAGUGAAUAAGCGCUCGCUCACUCAAUUAUUG